AUGAAGUCUUUCAUGACUGCAAUCAUUUUCGGCCUCGUCGUCAUGUCGGCCGCUUCCAUCGUUCCCAACGGCGAUGGAACCGCGCACCUCCAAGCGGUCGAGGCCAUCCCUGAGGCUGCGCUCUCCCUCGACUCUGGCCCGGACGUUGACGAGACCGACGCCUCACUCCCAAAUCCCAGAACACGGCGCUCCCGGGCAAACCCAAGCUCCCACUGCUGCUGA